CGGCUCUUCCGGCCGCGCCGCGGCCGCGCCGAUGGCGGUGAAUUACGCGGCCGGGCUGUCGCCGUACUCGGACAAGGGCAAGUGCGGCCUCCCCGAGAUUUUUGACCCUCCGGAGGAGCUGGAGCGGAAGGUGCAGGAGCUGGCAGAGCUGAUCCGGAGCUCCUCCAAUGUGGUUUUCCACACGGGGGCCGGGAUCAGCACGGCCUCGGGCAUCCCUGACUUCAGGGGCCCCAAUGGUGUCUGGACCAUGGAAGAGAAAGGGCUCUCCCCAAAAUUCGACACCACCUUUGAGAACGCCAGGCCCUCCAAGACUCACAUGGCGCUGCUGGGGCUGCAGAGAGUGGGAAUCCUGAAAUUCCUGGUCAGCCAGAACGUGGACGGGCUGCACGUGCGCUCGGGAUUCCCAAGGGACAAGUUGGCCGAGCUCCACGGGAACAUGUUUGUGGAAGAGUGUGUGAAAUGUGGCAAGCAGUACGUUCGUGAUGCCGUCGUGGGCAGCAUGGGGCUCAAGCCCACCGGGCGCCUCUGCAGCGUCACCAAGGCCCGGGGGCUGCGGGCCUGCAGAGGGAAGCUACGAGACACUAUUCUGGACUGGGAGGAUUCCCUGCCUGACCGUGACCUGACGCUGGCAGAUGAAGCCUGCAGGAAAGCCGACCUCUCUGUCACCCUUGGGACCUCUCUGCAGAUCAAACCCAGCGGGAACCUCCCCCUCAUCACCAAGAAGAGAGGAGGGAAGUUGGUCAUUGUCAACCUCCAAGCAACCAAACACGACCGCCAGGCCGACCUGCGCAUCCACGGCUACGUUGAUGAGGUGAUGACCAAGCUGAUGAAGCACCUGGGGCUGGAGGUGCCCGAGUGGACGGGGCCGGUGGUGGUGGAGAGCGCCGAGCUGGCCAAGGCCGAGGUGCCUGAGGUGGCCAAGGCCGAGGUGCCUGAGGUGGCCAAGGCUGAGCUGGCCACAGCUGAGCCCCAGCAGCUGCAGGGCAGGCUGAAGGAGGAGCCCCUGGGCCAGCACAACGGCACCGUGCCGUGCCCCGGGAAGGCGCCGCGGCAGCGCCGGGACGGGCUCAGGCUGGAGUGUCCCAGCCCGGACACGGGGCCAACACCAGUGAAGAAGAUGAAGGUGGAGCCUCUCCUCACCUGACCUGGACUGUCCCUGUCUCACCUGGGCUGCUUUUCCUACCGACUGUUUUUUUAUACCCUUAAAUAUUGUCCCUUUUUUUAUGUCAGUAUUAAACAUACUUGAAUUGUG